AUGGCGCCUCAAAUCCCCUACAUAACGCCAAAUGCCUUUCGGUUUAUGACUGUGGUUGCAGGCACCCUGGUCGCCCUGGCAAGCGGAACUAAUUAUGUCUAUUCUGCGUGGGCGCCGCAGUUUGCAGAUCGGAUGAAACUCACGUCAACCGAUGGUAACUUGAUUGGUGCUGCUGGAAACGUAGGUGUAUACGCAGUUGGUAUCCCGAUCGGAUAUGUCGUCGACACUAGAGGCACUAGACUGGUUGCUCUUUUCGGAGCUGUUUCCCUAUUCUGUGGCUAUUUUCCAAUUCAUCUAGCCGCGAACAAUUUCCCUGACCAUCGAGGGUCAGCAACUGCAUUCCCACUCGCUGCCUUCGGGCUUAGUGCAUUUGGCUUUUCAGCAAUCUCAGCCAUGGCGUUCAAGGACGAUACGUCCGCAUUUCUUUUACUUCUUGCCCUGGGGCCGUCGUUGAUAAUUGUGGUCUGCACGUACUUUCUACAGCUACUGCCUCCACCUCCAUCAUACUCUGCUGUUUCGAAUGGUGAAUACCCCGAGUCAAAUUUAUUGCAAAGAACUAAACCGGCUGAAAAUAUCGAAGUCGCUUCUGAGACAGACUCAAACCGUGCUAUUGCGUCCUUCUCCUCUGCACAGGUUACUGCCGUAUUACCUAGUGAAAUCCAAUCGAGGCCAACGCCACCGGACGCUGAGGCAGAUGAGACCUCCUCUUUGAUGAGCAGGCCCAGGUCCCUGAGUGAUAGCGGAAGCUUCGCCCAAUACGAUAAUGCGAAAUGCGGUGUUCACGCUGACAGUACUGAUAUACGUGGACUGAGCCUCCUUCCAACUCCAGAGUUUUGGCAGCUGUUCUUGUUGCUCGGUAUCUCCACUGGAGUUGGCUUGAUGACCAUAAACAAUAUUGGCAAUGAUGUCAUGGCUCUAUGGAGGCAUGUUAACCCCGACGUUGAUUCACACUUCCUCCGUGAAACACAAGCUCUACAUGUCUCCGUCUUCUCUGUGAUAAGCUUUACGGGGCGCCUCCUAAGCGGAAUCGGAUCCGACUUUAUCGUCAAACGCCUACAUAUGUCUCGAUUUUGGUGUGUUUUCGUCGCCAGUAUCCUCUUUUGUAUCUCCCAGUUCGGCGGUGCCAAAAUCUCUAACCCUCACCACCUCCUUUUCGUCUCAUCCAUGACGGGUCUAGCAUACGGCGUGCUAUUUGGAGUAUAUCCAGCCAUAGUCUCCCAUGCCUUUGGUAUCUCUGGAUUUUCUCAGAACUGGGGUGUUAUGACUCUCGCCGCUGCCAUUUUUGGCCAUAUAUUCAAUUACAUCUAUGGUGUUAUAUACGAUAGCCAUUCGAAGGUGUUGCCGGAUGGCACACGCCAAUGCAAUAUGGGGCUAGAAUGUUAUUCGACAGCGUAUCUAGUGGCGUUCUACGCAUCUAUUUCCUGCGGAUUUCUAACAUUAGUAGGAAUUUUCCUCGAAAGAUAUAGACGCCACCAGAGAAUAUCUGCCCCUGCUGAUGAAGAUGAGAUACCCCAGCCAGCUGCAUAA